AUGGCUAAUCAGGAACGAUUGAUCAACGACUUCUGCGACUUGGUACGGAUCGAUAGCCCGUCCGGAGAGGAGUGGGACGUAGCUCUCCAGGUAUCCGAUCGGCUGUCCAACCUCGGCUUCCAGGUUGGCCGCGAUGAACACGGCAAUGUCAUCGCCCGGGAGGACGGAGAUAGUCCCCUCCUUCUCUCGGCACACAUGGACACCGUGGACCCCGGCCGCAGCAUCAAGCCCCAGGUGGUCGGCGACCGCGUCACCUCGGAUGGCAACACCAUCCUGGGCGGCGACUGCAAGGCCGGCGUCGCCGCAAUCCUGGAGGCGCUCCAGGCUGUCCAUGAGGACGGUCGCCCCCGCCGUCCCGUCCAGGUCGUGUUCACCCGGGGCGAGGAAAUCGGCCUGGUUGGCGCAUCGAACCUGGACUUCUCGAUGAUCAGCAGCACGGAGGCCGUCGUCUUCGACGGCAACGGCCCGGUGAACACCAUCACCGGCGGCAGCCCCACUUACAUGGCCUUCGACAUCGACAUCAAGGGCAGGGGUGCUCACGCCGGCGUCGAACCGGAGAAGGGUCUGUCCGCCAUCCGGAUCGCCAGCGACAUCAUCGCGGAACUCCCCCAGGGCCGCAUCGACCACGAGACUACUUUCAACGUAGGCACCAUCUCCGGCGGUACCGUUCGCAACGCCGUUCCCUCCGAGGCCACCGUGUCCGGCGAAUUCCGCAGCAUGAACACGGAGUCCCUGGAGCUGAUGCGCAUGCAGCUCGUUACCGCCCUGGACACCAUCCGCGGCCGCUACUCGGACGCCGAGAUCAACGAAAAUCUGGAGAUGAUGUUCCAGAUGUACCGCCUGGACCCCAAUGAGGCCACCGCCCAGCUCGUGACCCGCGUCAUGCGCGAUAUGGGACUUAACCCCGACAUCAGGCCCUCCGGUGGCGGCACCGACGGCAACGUGUUCCGCCUUCACGGCAUCGAGAGUGUCGUGGUUGGCAUGUCCACCAACCUCAUGCACACCAUCGAUGAGUACGUCGUCGUCCCCGAUCUGGUGAACACCGCCCGCUUCUGCGAGGAACUCAUGACCUUCGGCGCCUGA